AAAGAACCAGGACACAUUUACCCAAAUGUUUCAGAAUCCAGUAUCUCCAAGCCGGACAAUUCCUGUAACCUGUGCAGUUAUGUUUCCAUAGAUCACACCAGAUGGCACUAUACAAGCAGUGUCUCACUGCUCUGCUGCUCCUGCAGCUAAACCUGCUUGUGAGAGUUGGAACUGAGACAACAAAUCCUCUUUCUCAGAGCUGCCCAGCCUAUGCUGGGGUCCCAGGGACUCCUGGGCACAAUGGUCUUCCUGGCAGAGAUGGGAGAGAUGGGAAAGAUGGGAGGGAUGGAGCUGUUGGACCAAAAGGAGACAAAGGUGACCCAGGUAUCGGUGUGCAAGGACCUCCAGGAAAGCAAGGCCCUGCAGGUCCAAUUGGACCCAAAGGGGGAAAGGGAGAGCCAGGUAAAACAGAAACUGUUGUUAAUGAUCAUUCGAUCACAUCUCUUCAGUCAGAAGUCACAAGCCUAAAAGCCAGGCUGUCCCUGGUAGAGAAAGCUACAACUUUCCGCACUUUCCGUAAAGUUGGACAGAAAUACUAUGUGACUGAUGGACUGAGUAUGAGUUUUGAUGAAGGUGUGAAGUUCUGUAGAGAUACUGGUGGGAAAAUGGUCUUACCAAGAAAUGAAGAAGAAAACCAAGCACUAACUAAAGUUAUGGCAAGUACUGGCUCCUCGUAUGCACUCAUUGGAGCAACGGACAGGCAGCAUGAGGGGAUCUUUGUUGAUUUGGAGACACGCCCAUUGAAUUUCUCCAAAUGGACCAAUGGUGAACCCAAUGAUAGCAAUGGGGCAGAAGACUGCACCAUAAUUGUUAACGAUGGUUUAUGGAAUGAUAUCAGUUGUAACUCAUCCCAUCUCAUAGUCUGUGAAAUAGUAAAUCUUUAAUUUGUGCUUGAAUAUGACAAAUUUGUAAUUCAUCUAUACUUCUGGGAGUAUUUUUAACGUAUUCAAUGAUAAACAAUGCACACAAUACCCUGUGUCACUCAAUCUUCUUAAUGCCAGAUUGGUUCAAUGUCUGUAUUUCUUUAAAGCUUUGUUUUUUUGAAAAAUGAAAUGAAAGUCUUUAUAUUUUAUGGCAGAAUAAAUCUGUAACCCUUUUGAUCAUGGGUAUCAUAUUUUCCCCUGCACUGGAAAGAUUAUCCUAAAUGCAGCUAAAUGUUUGAAAGUAUGUGAAAUCUUCAACUUUGCUAUAACUUCAUCUUUCAGAUUAUCUCAUGAUAUCCCCAUAUGAAAACUAACAUUUAUAAGGAUUUUCUGAAUGAUACUCAAAUGUGCCCUAAAUGAAAUGUUUAAUAUUUGCGUUAUGGAAAAUUCUACACAAUGGUUCAUGUUCAGGCCAUUUUGCAGUUUGGGUUUACAAUUAUGUUCAUUGUGUUUACUUUUCAUUUUUCAUUAAACAGAUAAUAUGUUUUUACGUUACUUUUAAUCACAAAGAUUUCAAUCCCAAAUGGAAUUAUAUUUUUUUCUAUCAUUUAAUUUGUAAAAUAAUUUAUAUUCUACUCUACUUCUAUUCUGCCUUGUCUCCUGUCCUGUCCUGUGAUGUUAUGUGCAGCCUGUGUUGUGACACUAUUAGUAUGGGAACUAAAACUACUUUAUAAAGAUGUAUUUGACAAAA